AUGCGGCGUUUCAAUAGCGGUGCUCUUGGCGUUGCCUUGCGUGUAGCACGGCGAUGGCGCAGCGGUGGGGGCCCUGGCGAUCGGCGUGUUCGGACAGACUGGUAUCGCUGCUAUCCUUCGCUCAUGACGGAAAAAGACCGUGAUAUGUACCACUGUUACUACCCUUACUUAUUCGAUCAUGGCGACAAGAUGAGCUUGUACCCGAAAAUCCCCGAGAACCCCCGCGAAUGGCAGGUGGAGCAACUGCAGACUACCUACGACGCGAUCCGCGAGGAUAAGUACGACGCGUUUCGUCGGUUGCGCGAUAAAUUCCCCGAGCUCUACCAAGACACGCGUGCCUGGGACAACCCGCCGCCGUUUGGAGAGUUCAACAUGUUUUACAGUGUUCGCUUUGGGAUGGUCGGCGUCAAGGUUUUCACUUGCAAAGAUUACGAUGACCUGGGCAACCAGUUUGACUGUACUGCCUUCUGGUUCCCUGACAAUCAGAUUGUAAAACACUCGACUCGUAACGGCGAUGUGGGGACCGACAAGGUCUAUGUUGGCGCCAUGAACGUACCAGUGGAGUUUCACAAACCGCACGUGGCUGCGUUUUACAAAGCCGCGGGCGUACCUGUGAAGCAUGUGUCUGCCGGCUUUCCAGUGACGCCGGACGCGUACGCGCCAGUUGGAACUAAACUUGAUGUGCGGCACUUCAAACCUGGCCAGGAAGUGACCAUUACUUUUCAGAACACCGACUACGGUUACCAAGGAGUCAUGUUUCGCCACGGCUUCGACGGUGGCUAUGUCUGGCUUGGAGACUCCAAGUGGCAGCGACGUCCCGGCUGCAUGGGUGCAGAAGGACAGAAGCGCAUCUACCCUGGCCAUCGCAUGGCAGGGCAGACGGGCGCGUCUGCUGAAACCUACCAAGGUGUUCCAGUGUGGCGCAUCGACUACAAGAACUCACUCAUCUACCUGCCUACCCUGAUUGACGCCGAUGUCGGGACCUACGUGAAGUUUCGGGAUACCAUCAACACAAAAGGAUACACACUGUGGAAUGAGCACCGCGGCACACCGGCUUUUCCCACCUUUGUGCCCAGCGAGGACGAAGAUCUUAACAAGCUGGCCACUGACGAGUGCCAGCUGACCUCUCCUCCACUGUACAUGUACUUCCGAGACGAGUUCGCGGCUGCCCAGCUUGUGAGCCAGGCGGAUGUGGAGGAUGCCAAGAGUGCCAAGCCGGCGACUGCAGCGCCUAAGAAGAAGGUGUACGACUUGAAGAAGUACACCGAGGCCAGAAAGAAGUACCGCAAGAGCCUGCGUAAGGCACGCAAGUACAAGCUCAUGGGCAUUCGCACGCACGCCCACGAAAAACAGGAGGAGGCUCGGCGCGCCAAGAUUUUGAAAUAUAAGCGUGUCAAGACGUGA